AUGUCCCUCACCAACGACAGUGCAAUAACAGAAUUCAUUCUCCUGGGGCUCACAGACCGCUCCGAGCUCCAGCUGCUCCUCUUUGUGCUGUUUCUGGUUGUGUACCUUGUCACCCUCUUGGGCAACCUGGGCAUGAUGCUGUUGAUCAGACUGGAGCCUCGCCUCCACACACCCAUGUACUUCUUCCUCACCAAUUUGGCCUUUGUAGACUUGUGUUACACCUCAAAUGCAACCCCACAGAUGUUGGCUAAUUUCUUAUCAGAGAAGAAGACCAUCACCUUUGUUGGCUGCUUUACACAAUGUUACAUUUUCAUCGCGCUUCUCCUCACUGAGUUUUACAUGCUGGCGGCGAUGGCCUAUGACCGCUACGUGGCCAUAUGUAACCCUCUGCACUAUAGUAUGAAAAUGUCCAGGCGUACCUGCAUCUGUUUGGCCACAUGUCCUUAUGUCUAUGGCUUCUCAGAUGGGCUGUUCCAGGCCAUCCUGACCUUCCGCUUGAACUUUUGCAGAUCCAACGUCAUCAACCACUUCUACUGUGCUGACCCGCCACUGAUUAAGCUUUCUUGCUCUGAUACUUAUAUCAAAGAGCAUGCCAUGCUCGCUCCGAAAAUGUCCCUCACCAACGACAGUGCAAUAACAGAAUUCAUUCUCCUGGGGCUCACAGACCGCUCCGAGCUCCAGCUGCUCCUCUUUGUGCUGUUUCUGGUUGUGUACCUUGUCACCCUCUUGGGCAACCUGGGCAUGAUGCUGUUGAUCAGACUGGAGCCUCGCCUCCACACACCCAUGUACUUCUUCCUCACCAAUUUGGCCUUUGUAGACUUGUGUUACACCUCAAAUGCAACCCCACAGAUGUUGGCUAAUUUCUUAUCAGAGAAGAAGACCAUCACCUUUGUUGGCUGCUUUACACAAUGUUACAUUUUCAUCGCGCUUCUCCUCACUGAGUUUUACAUGCUGGCGGCGAUGGCCUAUGACCGCUACGUGGCCAUAUGUAACCCUCUGCACUAUAGUAUGAAAAUGUCCAGGCGUACCUGCAUCUGUUUGGCCACAUGUCCUUAUGUCUAUGGCUUCUCAGAUGGGCUGUUCCAGGCCAUCCUGACCUUCCGCUUGAACUUUUGCAGAUCCAACGUCAUCAACCACUUCUACUGUGCUGACCCGCCACUGAUUAAGCUUUCUUGCUCUGAUACUUAUAUCAAAGAGCAUGCCAUGCUCGUUUCAGCUGGCUUCAACCUCUGCACCUCCCUCAGCAUCAUCGUGGUGUCCUAUGCCUUCAUUAUCGGUGCGAUCCUCCGGAUCAAAUCGGCAGAAGGAAGGCGCAAAGCAUUCUCCACCUGUGGUUCCCACAUGAUGGCCGUGACCCUGUUUUAUGGGACGCUCUUCUGCAUGUAUGUAAGACCACCAACCGAUAAGACUGUCGAAGAAUCCAAAAUAAUAGCUGUCUUCUAUACCUUUGUAAGUCCAGUACUUAAUCCAUUGAUAUAUAGUCUGCGGAACAAAGAUGUAAAACAAGCCUUGAAAAAUGUCCUCAGAAGAUAUAGGAUCACUAAAUGGGACUGCCUCCGAUAUCCAAUAAAUCGUAACUAA